AUGAACUUUGGAAGCGACCUUGAGCGGCUAAGAGUUCCUACGCUUUCAACUCUUUCGAAGUAUCCAGCGUUGUCGGUAGGAUUGACAUUAUUUACAUUUAUUUUAUUAAUUUUAGAUUUCAUUACACUUCAUGCCUUGAGUCAUACAUUAUCCUUGUAUCCGUAUGCUCCGUUAAAGUUUGAUUUGAAUAGACUUUCAUUCUAUUGUGUUGUUCAUCAAGGCUUAUUACAUUGGCUCUUCAACGCAGUUGGAUUGUUUCCUUUAAUUUCAAUGUUUGAAAGGACACAUGGUACAGUUUACACUGGGAUUACUUUGAAUCUUCUUGCAGUCACUGCCGGAUUACAAUAUUGCAUUGUUGGUUUAUUGCUAUAUCCUAAUACUCAUAUUAUUGGAAUUUCAGGCAUCAUAUUCCUGUUUAUAAGUUAUUUUGCUUACAAAGAGUAUCAGUUUAGACCCUAUAUUUAUUCCUUUCAGCUUUCAGGGAGAGAGGUUAAGAUACCAACACUAUACUCACCCUUUGCCGCCCUCAUCAUUUGCAAAAUUUUGAUACCUAGCUCGUCUUUUUUUGGUCACCUCGCUGGCAUCUCAUCUGGUUUUCUUCUCGGGCACGGAUAUCUAAGGAUCUUAUAUCCUCCAUCGAAGGUUAUCUUGUAUAUUGAAAGUAAAGUGUCUCGUGGUAUUCUGUCACUUGAGGGUCUUGUUACAUAUUACCCAGAAACUGAGGCGAUCAAUACAAGAGGUGUCAGCUAUAAUCCUAUCUUGAGUCUGGAUGCGGAAAGCGCUUUGGGCAACCAGCCGACUACAAUUCUGUGA